UCCAAAGGAAAUCAUUGAGAAAAUAAUGGACAAUAACAGUGUUUUGUUGUUUACACUUCGCUCUUUAUUCAGGAGAAGAAACACCAGAAUCCACAACAACGGAAUCAACAACUGACGCUGUCAUAAUAACUGAUAAUAAUGUACCCAGUACGCCAGAAUCACCAAUGACGGGAUCAAACACUGAGGCUGCAACUGAACAAUCCGCAAAGAUCUAUGUGACAGGAAAGUCGUCUAAUGGCAGAGGCAUAUUUGUUGCAGAUCUUCAGAACUUAGCCUUCAUUAAAAUUCCGUCAUCUCUUAACCCUCGUCGCAUCAGCUAUGAUUCUAAGGAAAUGAAGAUCUACUGGACGGACCCAUCAGAUAAACUUGUUUAUCGGGCUGAUAUGAAUGGCACAAACAGAGAGGAAGUCAUUACUCCAGAUGAUAACGACCGAAGCCUAUAUGUGAAAAAUAUCCUGUAUUUUUUCAAUAACGGAAUUUUUUUCAAAAAAAAUGUUUUUAUUGAUAUACACUAUACAGGAAAAGUAACUAGUAUUACUAUUGCCGAACAAUCCCGCACUCUCUACAUCGCACAUAAACAUCAGAGAAAAGUUACAUCGGUAUCCAUUGAUAAUGUUGAAGGAAAUGGUCCAUUUCCAAGGAAUCAGACGGAUUUUGUAACCGAUUUAUCAUCUAAGCCAACGAGUCUUGAAGUGGAUGAAACAGAGGGAUUCCUUUAUUUGGCAAUGGGCCGCUUUAUCAAGCGCAAGUCUCUAAACGGGGAUAAUGACGUUGAGGAUGUAUAUGGCAGCUCCUCUAGAAUAACUGGAAUUAGCAUUGAUGCCAGCCGUAAUCCACCACGUAUAUUCUUCUGUGACUAUAAAGAGGAUAAUAUAUCAAGAAGUUUUUAUAUGGACACAGCGACGCCUUUUAAAGGCGUGAAUGUGACUGAAUUGACGACUCAUUUGCAUGACUUGGAACUCCGACCAGAAAAGUGGACGGAUGUCGCCUACUUCAAGGGAAGUAUUUACUGGACGAGCAGGGACCCCACAGGAAUCGCCGUCAUGAAUAACUACGAUCAAGAUGAUCCGUCAUGUAAUAUUACAGUACCUGGUUUUAGGAAGCUCAAUCGUCUACUCAUCAUUGACAAUCAGAAGUCUUGGCCAGGGUCUUGGCCUACUGGAAGCAACAAUGGUCAAACAAGCCUGUCUCAGAGCUAUGCAUACGAAGGAGAUUCGACGAACUCGAGCUCCUCUGAUGACUAA